CAAAAUUGUUUCUUCACUUCCUUCCUUAAUCCCCAAGAACUCUCCUCCCAGAACAUGGCUUAAAUUCUUCAAAUUUCACAGAGAAAGUACAAAACAGCAAAUAAAUGGGGCAGACCAAGUUCUUGCAGGAACUGAUUUUAUACGCCGCAAGUGCAGCCCUAAGUUGUCUGGUAUUGUUUGCGGGGCUCCGACAUCUUGACCCGAACCGGGAGGCCUCAAAGAAGGCCCUUGAACAGAAGAAGGAAAUCGCCAAGCGCUUGGGUCGCCCUCUUAUUGAGACCAAUCCCUACGAGGAUGUAAUAGCCUGUGAUGUCAUAAAUCCAGAUCGCAUUGAUGUGGAAUUUGAUUCAAUUGGAGGACUGGAAGCAAUCAAGGAAGCUUUGUAUGAACUGGUGAUUCUUCCACUACGGAGACCUGAGCUCUUUUCUCAUGGGAAGCUUCUUGGGCCCCAAAAAGGGGUUCUGUUAUAUGGACCACCAGGUACUGGUAAGACUAUGCUUGCCAAAGCUAUUGCAAAAGAGUCUGGAGCUGUUUUCAUUAAUGUAAGGAUCUCCAAUCUGAUGAGCAAGUGGUUUGGUGAUGCACAGAAGCUUGUGGCUGCAGUUUUUAGCCUGGCUUAUAAACUUCAGCCUGCUAUUAUAUUUAUUGAUGAGGUUGACAGUUUCUUGGGGCAGCGCCGAACUACAGAUCACGAGGCAUUAACAAAUAUGAAGACUGAGUUCAUGGCUUUGUGGGAUGGGUUUACGACAGACCAGAAUGCGCAAGUGAUGGUUCUUGCUGCAACAAAUCGCCCAUCAGAACUUGAUGAAGCAAUACUUCGGCGUCUCCCUCAGGCCUUUGAGAUUGGGAUGCCUGAUUGCAGGGAGAGGGCUGAAAUAUUGAAGGUUAUUUUGAAGGGGGAGAGAGUGGAUGAAAGCAUUGACUAUGACUACAUAGCGGGCUUGUGCGAGGGUUACACAGGUUCUGAUCUUCUUGAACUUUGCAAGAAAGCGGCUUACUUUCCUAUUAGGGACCUACUGGAUGAGGAGAAGAAGGGGAAACAAUGUGGUUCAUCAAGGCCUUUGUUUCAGUCAGAUUUGGAGAAAGUUCUUACCACAUCAACUAAGACAAGGGUAGCUGCAAAUGAGUACACUAGGUCAAACUCACAACUACCUGGAUGUUCUAGGCAAUCAGAUGAUUACCAUGUUCAAGCCACAAUCAAUGAGCUCUCUAAGCUUGUAGUUUCCCAAUUAUUGAAUCUUCAAUCAGAUACCCAGGACCCUUGAAAUUCUUGUCUUCACUAGUUCUAUCCAAAUGAUCUGUUGUUUUGUAAGAUCAUCCCAUAGUAAUUUUAUUAUAUUUAUUUAGUGCUUUGAUUAUGGAUCCCUUGCAGAAAAUGCUAUCUUUGUAAUCAACUUACUUGUUAAGCUAUUAAUUUUUUGGGCGCUUGACAUGCUCUUGAACGUC